GUAACCCACCCAGCAGCAGAGGAGGAGAAGUGAGGUCAGCGGCUCAACGUGAUGCACGCAGGGACCGGGCCUGUGCGCAGCUGCUGGCCGGAGGAGGUGCGCUGCUGCCCGGGCUUCGAGCUGCUGCCGUGACGGGUGUUGCCCGUGAAUGAGAGAAACUCGCAGACCUCCUCAGAUCGACUCGCCCCCAGGCCCGACGUCCUCUGCACGGGUCACAAAGAACUUCAGCCCGGAGGAGAAGAUCAUGUUGGCUGACCCGGCCUCGGCUCACACUGAUGUCAACACAGUUUCACGGCUCAAAUUGACUUUGGCUACCUAUUGAGGUUUUUUGAAUUUCUGGAUAUAUUCAAGUGACACUCGGGUGGAGCGAUAGUAGUUGUCUUGCUCGGCUUAUUCAUGCCCGUCAUGAGUGUGCCAGCUCAGCAGAAACCCAGCGCCAAACGGACGGGCAAACGCAUCACGUUUUUCAACGAACAAAGCGUAGCGAUGAAGGAGGCGUCCCAGCACCCUGAAGGGUCCUACUACGUCCCGGGGGCCGCCGCCUCCGACCCCGGACAGAGCGAGGCCGCCAGUACCGUGACCUCCAAUCCGGAGGGCCCUCACAUGUUCCUCAACUCCGUCAUCUUCAGCCCGGACAAAGGCGACCAGAGCCGGGGUCACUAUCAGCAGACGGUUCCGAUGAAGUGGGCCCACCAGGAGCCCAAUCAGCAGCAGCCGUCCCUGUCCCAGCAGCAGAGGGCCGCCUCCUGGAACCCCAUCAGCAACUGGGGUCAGAACUUUUCAAAUUACAUGGGAGGAGUUAACGUGACGGACUCAAGGACUCAGAAUGCGUUCGCAAAGUCGAUGCACGAGACGUCGGGCAUGCAGCCGCAUCCGCAGCCCGCUAACAGAGCUGCAGACAAGCAGCCUCUAGGGGCGCCAGACGCCUACAGGGAGGCAGUCAAGGUCCAGGGCAUGGAGUGGGAGCAGCAGCAGCAGCAGCAGCAGGCCCAGGCCUUUCAGGAAUCCUUAAAACCCGGAGCACUGAACACCCAGCAGUCCCACCAAGGAGGCAGCUCGGUCCUGCAGCCCUUCCAGUUGGCCUUCGGUCAGCCCAAGCAGCACCUGCCAGCGUACUACCAGUCCUUCCAGGGCAACAGGACCACCCUACCCAACCCGCCCAACUACCCCACGCAGGCUAAACCCCCCCACCAGCUACAGCAGCUGCAGAAGCAGGAGCAGAUCCAGCGGCAGCAGCAUCACAUCAUCCAGCAACAGAUUCAGCAGCAGCAGCAGCAGCAGCAGCACCAACAUCAAAUGCAGCAGCAACAAAUCAUUCAGCAUCAACAGCACGUGCAGCAGCAUCUACAGCAGCAGCAGCAGCUACAGCACGAGCAGCAGCAGCAACAAAAGAUACAGCAGCAGCAGCAAAUGCAACAACAGCAACAGCAGCUGCAUAUUCAGCAGCAAAUGCAACAUCAGCAGUUGCAACAACAAAACCCUCAUGUGCUUGACUAUUAUUCCGCCGCUCGAAAUGCACACCCGCAGCCCCAUCCCCAGCCUGCGGUGGUGCACUCCCAGGAGUCCUCUGCUCCCGCUGCCCCAAAGACCCAGGAGCCGGCCAUCCAGGACAUCACCCCCGACCCCCAGCAGUCCCCGGACCCCCUGCAGCCCCCUCUCCCCUCCGCGCCCCCGUCCCAGCCCCAGCCCCAGACACAGACUCAAUCCCAAACGCAGCUUCGGAGAUCGCGGCGGCUCUCCAAGGAAGGAGGAGCGCCGUCCGACAACCCUUUCCUCUCGACCUCCGCGGACCAGGCGGCCACGGGGGUGCAGGUCUCUCAGAACGGCGCCCGGGACGUCCAGGCCGCGCCGACGGGCGUCAUCCAGAGCACACGCAGGAAACGCAGGGUGUCCCAGGAGGUCAACCUGGAGACGCUGGCUCAGAAGGCCUCAGAAAUGGAGUCGCUACCACCACAUGUUCUCAAGGACGCCCACCGGCCGUGGAGUCCCGGCGCCUCGGAGGGUCUGCACGCCAAGCGGCAGCGAGACGACAACCUGCUGCCGCUCGUCAUCCCCGUGUCGGUGCCGGUGCGGCGGCAGGAGCCCCCGUCCCCGGACCGAGAGGAAGCGGCCCUGGCGUCAGGCUGGCCCCCCCGGCCGUCCCACCCCCAGGACCUGGGCCGGGCGGACCACCAGCCCUCGGUCAUCGUCACGCGGAGACGCUCGCUCAGGAACUCCUUGUCAGAGAGCACCGAGCAGAAUGGCGGCACAGAGGAGAAAGAGGACGACGGCAAAAAGUCCAAACGGCGCCCGCGGCCCGAGCCCCUCUUCAUCCCCCCCCCGAAACCGGGCUUCUUCAUCGCUCCGACCCCCUACGCCAGCAUCACACCGUACCAGAGCCACCUGCGCUCGCCCGUGCGGCUGGCCGACAACCCGCUCACCAUGCCGCCGUACACGCCGCCGCCGAUCCUCAGCCCGGUCCGCGAGGGCUCGGGUCUCUACUUCUCCACCUUCCUGUCCCAGGCUGCAGCCGGCAGCCAGGGCCUGCCGCCGCCGGUCACGCCCAAGUCGGCCACACGCAGCCUGCUACGUUCCAACAGCUGCGACAUCACACCCCCGGUCCUGUCUGCGAUGUGCGAGGUCACUCCAGUCAGCAUCGAGCCACGGAUAAAUAUCGGGUCUCGGUACCAGGCGGAGGUGCCGGAGCUGAGGCAGCGGUCGGUCGUCGAGCUCGAUCCACAUCGAGCCGAUCUGGUCUGGUCUCCGUUGAACGUGCUGCAGGAAAAACCCGACUUCCAUCAGAAAGUGGAAGAUCUCAUGCACCUGGCCUGCUCCAGUGUUCUGUGUGGAGGAGGCACCAACCAGGAGCUGGCUCACCAUUGUCUGUACGAGUGCAAAGGCGACAUAAUGGCUGCUCUGUCGCUCCUGAUGCUGAGGAAUCCAAUUUUCCCCAAGUCUCAUCGUCUGUCAGACUUCCACUACUCAGGAUCCGACAGCUGGACGGCAGCUGAGAGACGCCAGUUCAACAAAGGCAUCAGCGCGUACAAGAAGGAUUUCUUCAUGGUGCAGAAACAGGUGACCACGAAGACAGUAGCACAGUGUGUGGAGUUUUACUACACGUACAAGAAACACGUGAAGAUCGGCCGCGGAGGGACGCUGAUGUACGGGGAGGCGGAGCCUGUGGACAGCAGGAGCACGGAGGAGGAGACGGACCAGAAGGUCUCUCAGCGGCUGGAGCCCCAGCGGGAGGAGGACAGCAGGAAGUGGGAAGGGUCAGCUGACAGGAAACAGGAUGUGGCCUCCACCAGAGUGUCGCAGCCGCUGAAGCCCACCGAGAAACCCGGGAGCGUCCUGAUCAUGAAAGGCCAGGAGGACGCCGGGAGGGAGAAACCGCCGCCGUCCCGGGUCGUCGCCCCCCCUCCUCAUCCGCCCGCUGCACCCCCCGCCUCCAAGCCGCGGAACGAGGACAGCGCACGCCGGUCGAGCCCUGCGGCGCCCAACAAAGUGGCCGCGGCGGCGCCGGAGGGAGAGUUCCCCUGCAAGAAGUGUGGCAGGAUCUUCUUCAAGGUGAAGAGCCGCAGCGCCCACAUGAAGAGCCACGCCGAGCAGGAGAAGAAGGCGGCGGCUCUGCGGCAGAAAGAGGCCGACGAGCGAGCGGCGGCGAAGGCGGCGGCCGACGCGGCGGCGAAGGCCCUGGCGUCCCGGCAGCACAACGGGACCCGGCAGGUGGGCGGGGACAGCACCAACGACGACUCGUCGGACAGGGACGACGAGGACGACGAGGACUGGCAGUGAGAGGGAGGCCACGCCCACUCUGACUGUUGAUUGGCUGGUUCUCUCCUGUGGACAGAUCGCAGAACAAGACGACUUCCGUUGCACAUUCAGGGACAGAUUCCCUCCCGCGUGACUGAGUGUGAGUGUGUGGAGUGAGAGAGUGAAUGUGAGAGUGUG